CGUUCACGCUGACUGCCUGCCUGUAUCUGCUGCUACUACAGUGAAACAUUAGCUUCACACAAACACACACGAGAGGCGCAGCUGUCUGCAAGAGAUCGGCAACUCUACAAUAGACAACCUUUUUUUCGUCAUUAUGCUGCCUCUGAAAUUGUGAAUGUAUGUCAACCACCACCGUCAAAACAAUGGCAGGUGUCCUGAAGCGGAUGUUUGCAGCAGUUGAGGAAAACCCCACCUACUCUUAUUCCUCUUUACCAUCUCCUUCACCACCGUCUUCAGAGUGGGGGUCCUACAGGGAGAGCAAUUCCCCCAAAAUGUCAAAUUUUACAGUUCACAGAUCCUCUGCGACCACCAGUUUAUCCAAUGGGUCAAUUGUGAAAAAGCCGAGGCGGGUAAAGAGUGUGCGUUUCGACCAAGUGGCUGUUUUCAGCUUCCCACGCUGCCAGGGCUUCACCAGUGUGCCAAGCCAUGGUGGUGCCACCCUGGGGAUGUUACGGCAGCACAGCGCGCUUCGCAGGUACACAGUAGCAGAGCAUGCGUUGGAGCAAAGAAGCCGGCGUCGGCAGAGACACUUGCUCAGAAUAAGAGAGGAGAAAUUUGAACUAUUGAAACACAAUAUAACCAAUCAGGUUGGCAGCCAACCAGGUCACCUUACAAUAGACCAAGUUCCAUCUGAGGACGUUGAUGUCCACAUCACUGAUCAUGAGCUGGAAGAGAAACACUUCUUGCAGCCAUAUUCGUCCAGGCAGAGGCAGGCUCUUCUCUUGGCGUCUGGGGUGAAGCGCAUAGACAAGGAGGAGAAGAAACAGCUUCAUAAUCUGCGUCUGUCUAGGGAAGCUUGUGGAUGUGACUGCCAAGGCUUUUGUGACCCCGAGACCUGUGCUUGCAGUUUGGCAGGCAUCAAAUGUCAGGUGGACCGCUUCAGCUUCCCGUGUGGAUGCACUAAGGACGGCUGUGGAAAUACCGAGGGACACCUCGAAUUUGACUCCAAGCGUGUGCGGACCCACUACAUCCACACCGUCAUGCGACUCAAUUUAGAGCAGCGACUGCGAACCGAAAUGAACCUCUCAGAAGAUGUUCUUAAGCCUGAAGAUUUGAAUGAAACCCAUCCUGUAAAGAAUGAAAAGUACAAAAGGUAUUCAUUUGAUUUUUCAAUGGAAGAAAAUGUCACUCAUACUGUUCCUACCAGCCCUACAUUUAAUUUCAUCCCGGUGGUUGAAGAGAACAGCUGCAGUAGUGACAUGACUGAAUUUUCCAGCUCUUCUUUGGAUUGCGAUGAAUGUCAUCUCCCAGCCAAUCACAAAGGAGCACCAUGUGCUCUUAGAAUCUCUGAUAAUGAAAAUAAUAAUUACACCGUGUCUCACCAAGUGAGACUUUUGGCAGCCCCACUGACCGUGGACAGCGGCAACUGUGACUUGAACAGCACAAGUCCCGACAGAACGGGACUUCUUUCAGAAAACACAUUCAUUGACCAUAAAAGCCCAGUCGCAGUGAGAGAUUAUCUUGAUGAAAAUGCGAACCAAGCAAAGGAGCCCUUUGACAAUGAGGAUUCCCUUGAAGGUUAUCCAAACACUCCCUCGCCUUCACUGGACUAUUCAUCUAGCACUUACAUGGACCCAAGUCUUUCUUCAGAAUCCGACCUGGAGUUCUUUGAUAGCGACUAUCCCUCUGGGGCGCCGCACAGCUCGUUCAAAGAACACAGACACUCAGACAAUUUUCAUCACCUUCAGCUGAUCAGCUCUGUUUAUUUGCCACAGGUUGAAUCAAGUACCUACCUCUUGGAGUCUCUGAUUGGCCUGAGUGAGCCUAUCUCAGGGCAGCCUCAUGAUCAUCUUUGAAAGGAACUUAUUGGUACAUUUUUGAUAAAAUGAGUUGUUAAUUUUAUGUAUUUUUUUCCUUGUAUUAAAAUUAGGGCUGUCAAACGAUUAAAAUUUUUAAUCGAGUUAAUUACAGCUUAAAAAUGAAUUAAUCGUAAUUAAUCGCAAUUAAUCGCAACUCAAACCAUCUAUAAAAUAUGCCAUAUUUUUCUGUAAAUUAUAUAUAUAUUCUGUAAAAUAAUUUGUUGGAAUGGAAAGAUAAGACACAAGAUAGAUAUAUACAUUCAACAUACGGUAGAUUGUAGUGGGCAUUUCACUCUACUGUCAUUUAAAUCUGUCUAUGCUGUCCUCACUCCGAAGCGUCUACUUUCUCCAAAGCUAGACAGCUAGUGAACGACGCCUUAAUAAUCAGACUUCUUCCUUUUUCAUCUAAUUUAUUAAUAAAAUGGCCUCAAACCACUGUCCUCUUUAGACUGUAGUGAAACUACAAAAAAAAAAGUACACAAGCAUUGCAUUAGCAACAACGUUAGCUUAGCACGCUAUACAGGUUCACUAAACAUAAACAAAAAGCGUCUCAUACAAAAAAUAUAACAUUUCGCUUACUAACAUAAAAUGUACAUUCUUUACAACAACCAUACUUACGGACAUAUCUUGUCCAAGGAUCAUAUAAGCACAACAUUACAACGUAGGCGUCAGCCCGAGACGUCAUGCAGCCAUAUUGAACUGGCAAGAAAGCAAUAAACCAUGUCGCAAAGCAACCACAAGAGUUCGCUGUUAGACAGCACAAAAAACCUUGCUGUAAAACUUACCAAAAGGCAGAAUACUGUCUGAGCGGGACAUGUGCGUUAAUUGCGUCAAAUAUUUUAACGUGAUUAAUUUAAAAAAUUAAUUACCCCGCGUUAACGCGAUAAUUUUGACAGCCCUAAUUAAAAUGUAAUUUUGUUUUUAUCUACUGAGCUAAUUUUUCAUUUCACUUCUAUAUCUAUGAGUAAUGCCACUUUUUUUGACUGCAAUUUAGUUUCCCUUUACCAUCACUACAAAAUAUUGGAUUGGAUCAUGCCAUAUCCUUUAUUGUAUGAACCACUCGGGGCAUGAGCAUCUGUCUUACAAAAUAGAAAAGAAUUAUUAUGACAAUUGGUUGUAUUAUAAGCAGAUAACUUAUAUGCAGUGUAUGGAAUACAGAAAAACAACUGUUUACGUUUGUGUCAAAGAUGAGUCAUUAUCAUGACUUUAAUGAAUUGUUCUUUACAUGCCUUCCAAUAUAUUUAUGUACUGAAGUAAUAAAUGGAACUAUUUAUUUAUCAAACCACCGGUCCAAAAGGUGUUGUAUCUGUUACAUUUCAUGGUCACUCAAAAAGUCACAACAAAGAUGUGAACGGCUCAAGUGGAGAGAAGAAAGCUGUUUUCUUUUUUUUUUUCAACUAGUUGACUAUAAUAGAUAAUACAUUUUUAAAAUACAAAACAAACACUAACCCUGAUUUAAAUAUUACUUUUAAACAUGUUACAUUUUAUUCACGUGUGGUUAAAAAUUUCUCAACAUAUCAGCAAUAUGGCUGGUAUGUACUUCGCUCUUAUUUGGAUGUUUUUAUUUUAAAGUUUACCAGGGGUGUGUAGACUAA